ACGUUCGUUAUCAUGAUGUUCAGUGGUGAUGUCCUUUCCUGACUGGGAAGUGUUAACUUAGCGAAUUUGUUUUGCUAAUAUACCAGUCUCCUUGACAACAGUAUACAGUCCGAUAAAACUGCUGUCUUGGAUGCAUCGGCUACGAUUAGUGAUGCGUCACUUGUAUACCGAGUUGGCUAUUUUUUUGUUGAGUCUGAGUUCUAGUUGCCAGGCACUUCUGGCAUGGCGUGGUUUACACCGAGCUCUCCUUGCAUACUCUUUUUGAUCUCCGCAAGUUUACUACGUUCACAGGCCCUCCCCGCAUCAUGCCCGCCUGGAUGGCUCGAAUGGCAUCAGUCUUGUUACAUCUUACUCCCUGACAAGAUGAAUUGGUUUGAGGCCUCGGAGGCUUGUAACCGGCCGGGAAGCAGCCUCGUUGUGCCCAAUUCACGAGAGGAAAACCUCUUCAUCUGGAAGUCGAUGGUGGAAGGCGCUGAAGGUCUGUGGAUUGGCUGUACGGAUGCGGCUCAAGAGGGUGUCUGGAUGUGCGGGGGUCAGGCUGCACAAUACACCGACUGGGCUGUAGAUUUUCCAAGCGUCAAUGACGAGAUGAACUGUGCCCGUAUAACAGUUUACAAUAAAGGACGUUGGCGCCAUGAUGUACCAUGCGAUAUCAUCAAUGAUCGCAAAUCGGCAGCCUGUGAGAUGCCGGUUUUUGCGGCACCAGCCUACCACACCUUCUCCGGUCCCGCCGGGCGUGUCCCCCAGCAAUGCCUCCUCCACCACGACAUCAAAAAUCUGACGGUGAAGGGCGUGCUUGCCUGUGGCUGGGCGUGCCGUGCCGAUCCCCGAUGCCGCUCCUUUAAUCUUUGGCAGAACAGCAAGCGAGAAAAGACGUGUCAACUCAAUGACGUCACUCGUCUUGGAGCUGAUCGUAUCGACUUCGCGGCUGUUAACGACUGUUACUACUUCGACUUAUAAAACGUGAAGAUUUUGAUCCCAAUAAACAGUCACCAUCAACGUUCGGACCAGUACUGUAUUAUUUUUCUGAUCAGAGACGAUUAGGCUGAAGGAACAAUUGUCAAGUCAAUUUAUGGCUAAAUUGCGUCAGCGACUUUGGCAAUUACUUCAAUUGUGUGUACUUUAAGUUUGAACCUGAUUUCGUUACUUCAGAAAGGGAAAUAUUAACAUUGAACAUUACAAUUGCACAUUAACAAAAUAACGCUGAUGAAAACGUUAACUGCUACCGAUCACUAUUCGAUAUGAUGUAAAUCCGCCCUGGCCUGCCGUCUACUGGACAGAGAGAAAACAGCCUCCAGACAAAUGUGUUAUUUUCUUCAGAAAAAAAUAAUUAAAAAUAUACAACGCUUCAAGUCAGCUUUGUAUAAUAGCUUGUUUUCCUGCAAUUUAUUCUUAAUUUUAAAGAAGAGAUAGAUCGUACUAGACUAUAACUUUGUAUAUACUUGUAUUCAUAAAAUUAUAUGCGAUUAGACAUGGGUCAGAGAAUCCCUUAAAAAUACACUUCAUCUUGAAAACAU